AGCAGACGUUGAGCGUGCCAAGAUGGAAUCUACCAUACGUAAUUUAAAAUUAUCUGGUCAUGUUGGAUUUGACAGUCUUCCAGAUCAAUUGGUGAAUAAAUCAGUUCAGAAUGGAUUUGUCUUUAAUAUUCUCUGUAUUGGUGAAACUGGUCUUGGAAAGUCUACUCUUAUGGAUUCUCUCUUUAAUACAAGUUUUGAAUCUACUCCAAGUUCGCAUAAUCUUCCUGCUGUAAAACUCAAAGCCCAUACAUAUGAAUUACAAGAAAGCAAUGUUAGAUUGAAACUUACUAUUGUUGAUACAGUUGGAUAUGGAGAUCAAAUUAACAAAGAAGAUAGUUUUAAAGCUGUUGUUGAUUACAUAGAUGCUCAAUUUGAAGCAUAUUUACAAGAAGAAUUAAAGAUAAAACGAUCUUUGGCAACUUAUCACGAUAGUCGUAUUCAUGUUUGCUUGUAUUUCAUUUGUCCAACUGGACAUGGUUUAAAAUCAAUUGAUCUAGUCUGUAUGAAGAAACUUGACACAAAAGUUAAUAUUAUACCAAUUAUUGCUAAAGCUGAUACGAUAUCAAAAACAGAAUUACAAAAGUUUAAGACAAAAAUUAUAUCUGAAUUACAAAAUAAUGGUGUUCAUAUUUAUCAAUUUCCUACUGACGACGAAAGCGUCGCAGAAGUAAAUACUAGUAUGAAUGCUCAUGUACCUUUUGCAGUAGUUGGUAGCACAGAUUUUGUUCGAGUCGGAAAUAAAAUGAUGCGUUCUCGUCAAUAUCCAUGGGGCACAGUACAAGUGGAAAAUGAAUCCCAUUGUGAUUUCGUCAAGUUGCGCGAAAUGUUGAUAAGGACAAAUAUGGAAGAUAUGAGAGAAAAAACGCAUUGUCGUCAUUAUGAAUUAUAUCGUAGAAAACGAUUAGAACAGAUGGGUUUUAGUGAUGUUGAUAGUGAAAAUAAACCAGUUAGUUUUCAACAAACCUGCGAAGCAAAAAGAUCCAUACAUUUGCAAGAACUUCAACAAAAAGAAGAUGAAAUGCGACAGAUGUUCGUGGCCCGAGUAAAAGAAAAAGAAGCUGAAUUAAAAGAAGCGGAAAAAGAGCUUCAUAAUAAAUUCGAUAAACUAAAAAAAGAUCAUACAGAGGAAAAGAAAAAGCUGGAAGAAAGUAGAAAGAAACUCGAGGAUGAUAUUUUAGAAUUCAAUAGGCGAAAAACUCAAUUCGCUCAACAACCUCAGCAUCACACAUUAACACUAGGUAAAAGCAAAAAAAAAUAAAAACUGACAUUAAUAUAAAUAAAUACGACAUUUUGUAUCUCUCUAUAUAUAUAUGACUAUUAUUAUUUUAAACGCGUAACAAUCAAUUACUAAAAUUGAAAUUAAAUUAUUCAAACAUGCCCAAACAUAAUUAUAAUUUUUUAUUGUAUUUUUACGCAUUUCUUUACUUAUAGAUUAGAUAUCAGACUGAUUAUUAUGACAAAAGUGAUUUUUACCAAAUUUAAUUUUUUGUAUUAACAUGUGCACCUUAAAAAAAAAAAAUAAUAAAGAUAUAUUUGUUACUUACAAAUACAUUUCAUUUUAAUUAAUUAUAAAUAUAAAUAUCUAAAAGAUUCAUAAUUAAAUAUUUUAUUGUUCAACAAAAUAUAACAAUUAACAUAAUAGUAUCAUACUUAAAUAAAACUAACAUUAUUAGCGGCAUAUGUAUGUACGUUAUAUGAAAUAUACGAGCUGGUUAUGAGCUAUACUUUCACAAAAGCAUGUUUUUGAUUACUAACAUUAAGUAAAAAAAAUGGAAUAUAUGAUAUAACCAUAUCACA